AUGAUAGUGGUAGCUUCAAAUGAAACAGUUUUCAUAUUUUUGUCGAUGUCAAUCGACGUACUAGGAACUCAUACAACAGCUUAUCUUUAUCAGGGAUUGUGGGAUGUGUAUUGUCUUGUAUUUGCUCAGGGCAUGAUGAUCUGUAAUCUGCCCAUUGUAGUGUCUGUGGUGGAGGAUUCAUUCACUCUUGACUGCUCUAGACGUUCGAUAAGGGGGAGGGCUGAGAUUGCUUUAGGGAUUCAACCUAAUCAUUAUUCCCAAUAUUCUGCGAUCAAUCGUUUGACCUGGACUGCCAAGGAAGACAUGAUUUUAAGAGAAUAUAUCACAAAUCAUGGGGAGGGAAGAUGGAGUUCUAUACCCAUUAAAGCAGGUCUGAAUCGAAGUGGAAAGAGUUGUAGAUUGCGAUGGAUGAACUAUCUUCGCCCAGACAUUAAGCGUGGAAACAUUUCUGCUGAUGAAGAGGAACUCAUUAUUCGAUUGCAUGGACUUCUCGGUAAUAGAUGGUCUCUGAUCGCAGGACGACUGUCUGGUCGAACAGAUAAUGAAAUAAAGAACUACUGGAACACAAAACUAAGCAAGAAGUGCCUUCCACAAAACAUUAAAAAGAAUCUUGCUCCUCCUGGAGAACACCAUAUCCUGAAAUCUGCUCCUGUCAAAUCAAAGGCGGUUAGAUUAUCAAGGUGCUACAACAGAAUUGGGAUCACUAGCAUUUUAGAUCAUCAAGACUUGAAUGCCCCUGUUGGUGCCAAAAAUAUGAAGUAUUCCAAAUUGUUAUCUGAACAGAAGCUGUUGACAGAGAAUAACUCUGGUUUCAUCGACCUUGGAAUUCAGAAAAGUUCUCCUCAAUGGGGAUUUCCAUCCAUGCAAAAUAUUGAUCAAUUUUCUCCGCCUUUCAUGCCCAAUUUAGUCGAUCCACCAUUGCUACCUUCUAAGCAUGAUACAGAAAACGGAUCUGAAGCAUCAGGGAGUUUAUUGAAUUUCAAUCAAAUGCAAACUGUGGACAUUGAUUUUCUCUCGUGGGCAUACUAUUAUCUGGACAAUAUCAGAAUCGAAAACAAGGCCUGA